UGUUAUUUAAAGGUUGGCACCCAUAAAAUUCUGUCGUGUUACAAUUUAAAUUUUAUAAAAAAAAAAUGGUGCACUUAACCGCGCAGCAGAUUAAGUUUUACAAAGACAACGGUUAUGUUUUGUUGAAGAAUGUCUUUUCUAAUGAGGAAUUGACGAAAGCUAUCGAUGAGUACGACAAAUUGUUCAAGAGGAAGAAUUUAGAGGAGAUGGAGAACGCGUGGGUGGGAGACAACGAGACGAAUAGGGUUAACAAUACUCCAUACACAGUCAAAGGAGUUCACAACUUGCAGUACCACCACGCUAUCUUCGGUAAGCUGCUUUACAAUGAGAACCUUGGAGACGCCUUGGAAGACAUAAUGGGAGAGAACAUCAUGCUGCAUCAUACAAAAGCACAUUUCAAACCGCCAGAGAAAGGUGCCGAAUAUCCUAUGCAUCAGGAUUACCACUACUUCCCAUACGAGAAAGACUCCCCAGUUGCAGCCUUCAUCAAUCUUGACCCAGCUGACUACGAGAAUGGUGGUCUGUGUGUGUACCCAGGGUCUCACAAACUUGGACCACAAGAAGACAUUGGAGCUAAGGAGGGGAACUUCCAUUGGCUUGACAAGAAAAAGUUCCCAGUGGAAAAGGCGACGGCAGUGGUCGCUGAGCGGGGAGACGUGGUGCUGUUCCACUACUACCUGAUCCACGGCUCUCCGCUCAACCGCUCCAACAGGCCGAGGAGGAUGCUGCUGGCCCAGUUUGUCACACCCGACGACAACCCCAUCGGUGUACAACACAUGUUCCCUGGAUACGGCUGGAUGAUCCGGGGCACCAACUACUCCAAGGACGCCGCUGUCUCCACGCAAUGGCAGGACUUGUCUGGACAGGCUCUUUAUCACAACAGGCACGAGGUUGCGGCUGAGAUCAAGAAGAUCAAAUGUCCCUGAGGCGACCCAUCUUACUUCGAACCACGCAUUUGUUACUUGACCCGACACACGACUGCACACGGAUUUUUUAUCGACACAUCAUUAAUUAAGCGGUGUAUAGUUUUAAGAUUACUGUACAUAAAAAGUGGAAACUAUUAAAAAACAUGUUACAUAGA